AUGGCGGCCGCUGGCUUGGUGGCUGUGGCGGCGGCUGCCGAGUACUCUAGCCCGGUGGCGUCGGCGGGCAGCCCGGCGUGUGCUGCUCACUGCGGUGCGAACGCCGGGGCAGGCUCCGGUCCUGGGCCGGGCUCGUGGAGCCGCUCCAUCGAUCGAGCGCUGGAGGAAGCGGCGGUCACCGGGGUGCUGAGCCUGAGCGGCCGGAAACUGAGGGAGUUUCCCCGGGGAGCGGCCAACCACGACCUGACGGACACCACCCGGGCCGAUCUGUCACGAAAUCGCCUCUCAGAAAUUCCUAUAGAAGCAUGUCACUUUGUUUCUCUUGAAAAUCUUAACCUAUAUCAAAAUUGUAUUCGGUAUAUCCCAGAGGCAAUUCUUAACUUACAAGCUCUAACAUUCUUGAAUAUUAGUCGGAACCAACUAUCAACAUUGCCAGUACACUUGUGUAACUUACCAUUAAAAGUCUUAAUUGCGAGUAAUAACAAAUUGGUCUCACUUCCGGAAGAAAUUGGACAUCUCAGAUAUUUAACAGAGCUUGAUGUGAGCUGCAAUGAAAUUCAAACAAUACCUUCCCAAAUUGGUAAUCUGGAAGCCUUGAGAGACUUCAAUGUAAGAAGAAAUCACUUAGUACGUUUGCCUGAAGAGCUUGCAGAGUUGCCGUUGAUACGGUUAGAUUUCUCAUGCAAUAAAAUUAUAGCAAUCCCUGUUUGUUACCGGAACCUCAGACACCUGCAGGUGAUCACCCUUGAUAAUAAUCCACUACAAUCGCCUCCUGCACAGAUAUGUAUAAAAGGAAAAAUCCACAUAUUUAAAUACCUGAACAUCCAAGCCUGUAAGAUUGCUCCAGAUCUGCCUGAUUAUGAUAGAAGACCUAUGGGUUUUGGCUCCUGCCAUGAAGACCUCUACUCAGGUCGUCCUUAUGGAGCCCUGGAUUCCGGCUUCAAUAGUGUGGAUAGUGGUGAUAAGAGGUGGUCUGGGAAUGAGCCUACAGAUGAAUUUUCCGAUCUGCCUCUUCGAGUAGCAGAGAUAACUAAAGAACAGAGACUGAGAAGAGAAAGCCAAUACCAAGAGAAUCGAAGCAGUUUAGUGGUGACGAAUGGUGGAGUAGAACAUGACCUGGAGCAGAUUGACUACAUUGACAGCUGUACUGCAGAGGAAGAAGAGGACGAGGUCAGACAGGCCAAGGGCCUAGACGCAAACAGUCUCAGUUCACAAUUUAUGGCAUAUAUUGAACAACGGCGAAUCUCUCAUGAGGGCUCACCAAUAAAGUCAGUAGCCAUUAGGGAUUUUCAAAAAACAGAAGACAUGAAAAGAUGCUCACAUCAAAACAGGUUUCCAGUUGAACCAUCAUCUGUCUUGUCACUGUCACCAACUCAUAAUCAGCUUUUACACACAGACGCAGAGCUUUAUCGGAGAAGAGAACAGUUAGUAGAGCGUACUCGGAGAGAGGCACAACUUGCUGCCCUACAGUAUGAAGAGGAGAAAAUAAGGACCAAGCAGAUCCAGAGAGAUGCUGUCCUGGACUUUGUCAAGCAAAAAUCAUCACAAAGUCCACAGAAACAACAUUCCCCUGCAGAUGAUGAGUGUCCCUUCCCAUCCAGAAGGUCUCAGCACACUGAUGAUAGUGCCUUGUUAGUGAGUGAGAAGAGAGCUAAUGUCAUGUCAAGUUUACCUGCAACAGAAACAGUCCAUCAUCCCCCUCCAUGUUCUUAUGGUGCUGCUAUCCACAGAAGUCAGCCCCAGCGCCCUGAAAGCUUCCUUUUCCGAGCAGCCGCUAGGGCAGAGACAAAUAAAGGUCAGACUUCAACGCCUCUCGUGUCUUCUGCACCUACUACUGAUUCUACAGAGUCCCUGACAAGACAGAGAGAAGAAGAGCUGGAAUUAAUAGAUCAACUACGGAAGCAUAUUGAGUACCGGUUAAAAGUGUCUCUGCCUUGUGAUCUUGGAGCAGCUCUAACUGAUGGCGUUGUUCUUUGCCAUUUAGCCAAUCAUGUGCGCCCUCGCUCUGUGCCCAGUAUUCAUGUCCCCUCACCAGCUGUGCCUAAAUUAACAAUGGCAAAAUGCAGGCGAAAUGUGGAGAAUUUCUUAGAAGCUUGCAGAAAAAUUGGUGUACCUCAGGAGCAAUUAUGUUUGCCUCUCCACAUUUUAGAAGAGAAAGGGUUGAGCCAAGUUGCUGUGACAGUCCAGGCUCUCCUGGAACUUGCCCCACCCAAGCAGCAGCAGCAGCAGCAGCAGCUCUCUGCUGUUUAAGGACUCCCCGGCGCGGUGCGGAGCGGGGCCUCGGCCUGGCCCGAGCGAGGAGCGGACACGGUGAUUGCUGCGACCAGCCGUCUACUUAACAAAGCUCCCGUGUGUUCUUAGAGGAAACUGUCUCCAUGAUUCCUACUGGGAAUGUUUUGCUUCAUUUCUCCAUUUUAGGGGAGGUUAAACCCAUUUCCUCUGAAAAAAAAGAAACUUUUUUUUUUUUUUUUCUAAAUGAAGACACAGUUUUCUCAAGUGAAAUGUCUCUUUACUGAGAACCUGACACCGAAGCCUGGGCUGCCUGUGCUUCCCAAGCGAGCAGGCUUGCCUCGCACGCAUAGGUCUGCUUCCCAGGUGAGUGCUUAGCUCCUGGAAGGCACAGCCAAGCUGUUACCUGCACCGGUCCCCGAGACAGCUGAGGCUCACUGGCUUCUCCCGGCGGUGCUCUGGAGACCCAGCUUUGCAGACAGGAGGUCUGCGGUGAGGCCUAGGGAUCUGCAUUUUCAACAAGACAUCACAGGGGUUUUCAGGUAGUGGAGAGCAAUUCCAGGACAGAUAGCUGCAUGGUUCGGGGUAGUACUCGCUGCACUUUCAACCACAUUUCAAAUCAAAGACGAUGUGAUGACCCGGGCUCUUCUGUUAAAGACAGAACAGAAGUACCAUGGAAGGUGGGGAACACCAUCCAAUACCGCCGUGUCUGCGGCAGCGCCCUCGGCCUCUCCAGCUCCGCACACCAUCUCCUCGUGGAGGAUGCUCUGCUCAGCAUCCUGCUGUUAGCAGGCGCUCUGCCCGUCGGGGGUAGAUGUGUAUCAGCCCCCACGCUGCAGCAGGGUAUCUGGACCUGUGGCACCUUUGGGACAUACCCAGCUCCCCAGCUAGUGGGACCGUGAAAAUGAAGCAGAGGGGCUAUAUGCACCAGCCGUGGUUCUGCUGUGUCCUUCAUCUAACAGCCAGCGUCCUGCCUCCACCUCGCCCUCGUCCAGACCCACCGCUAGUGCCUUGUGUUCCCACCCGCGGAGGAUAAGGAAGGGCCAGAGGCUCACGGCCUUACUCAAGUUGGAACCACAUAGCUUUUUCAUCCCCUGCAUUUUGCAUCAUUUUUGUUAGUGAUAUCUUUCCUGUUCACAGCCUUUGUAAACCAGUAAAGAUGCUUGUUAUAUGGGGUUUUUUUUUUUCCCCCUUCUGUAAUUGGUAACUUUUGGAUUUUUUUCACUGAUGCAUGCAUUUGAGCAUAGUAUUUUCCCUAUGUGGUAUGUCAGAACAGCUUUGGACAAAAUCAUUUUGAGUAUCUGGUCAAAAUACUGUUUUCUUCUUGUUCAUGCAGAGGUCGUGUGUAUGAGAACAUUACUUCUUUGGCCAUGUUUAGAAUAAUACGACAUAAGCCAGGCAUGAUAGCACAUGUCUGCAACCCCAGCACUUGGAAGGCUGAGGCAGAAGGAUCUUGAAUUCCAGGUCAGAUGGGACUGUGUAAUAAGACUGUCUUAGCCAGCGUGGUGACACACACCUUUAAUCCCAGCACUUGGAGGCAGAGGUAGGAAGAUUACUGUGAGUUCCACGCCAGCCUGGGACUACAGAAGGAAUUCUAGGUCAGCCUGGGAUACAGUGAGACCAU